AUGGCUAUGUGGUAUGCGCUUGGCAUUGCGUUCUUCGCGGCCAUCGGUACUUUCCUGUUUGGCUUUGAUACUGGCAUUGCCACGACAACGAUCGCCCACCAAAGCUGGAUUGAUUACAUGCAAGAGCCCUCAAAAGGUUUAACAGGAGCUGUUGUCGCAGUCUACAUUGCCGGCGAAGCUUGCGGAGCCCUAACACAAACCUUCAUCGGCGACAAACUCGGCCGAAUCCGCUUCAUGCAACUAAUGUGCAUAAUCGUCACAAUAGGCACAGUGAUCCAAACAGCCUCAGUGAAUAUCGGCAUGUUCCUCGCCGGUCGCGUGCUAGCCGGCUACGCCGUCGGCGGUCUAGUAGCCACAGUCCCAAUCUACCUAAGCGAGAUCUCCGACCCGCGCUACCGCGGCUUGAUCGGUGGGAUUUCGGGCUGUGGCAUUUCCUUUGGAACGAUGAUGUCUAACUGGGUUGGCUAUGCUUGUAGUUAUGCGCCUUAUGGGCCUGUGCAGUGGCGGCUUCCGCUUGGGAUUCAGAUUCCUUGGGGGAUUAUUAUGUUUAUUGGGCUUGCUACUUUUAUGCCUAAUUCGCCGAGACAGUUGAUUCGUGUUGGGAAGAUUGACCUUGCUAGGUCUGAGUUUGCGAGGAUUCGACGGGGUUUGGUGUUGGUUGAGAUGGAGGAGGAGUUCGGAUUGAUGAAGGCCCAGAUUGAGUAUGAGAUGGAGAGGGAGAUUACUUCUUAUCGGGAGAUCUUUAAAUUGUUUAGGCAUCGGGUUCUUGUGUCUAUUGCUGUGCAGACUAUGACCAGUCUGACUGGUGUCAAUGUCAUUCAGUAUUAUCAGACUAUCCUAUACAAAGGUCUCGGCAUUGGAUCCCAUACCAUCCUCGCUCUAGCCGCAAUCUACGGCACCGUCGCCUUCAUCUCCAACUCGCUUACAACUAAAUAUAUGACUGACCAGUGGGGUCGCCGAAAGAUGCUUAUCGCCGGAUUGGCCGGUAUUGUCUUGAUCGAAAUCUACGCUGCUGUGAUGCAGAGAGAAUUCCAGCACACGGAUAACCGUGUUGGAAAAGGAUUCGCCAUCCUUGGAAUCUACCUUUUCGUGGUUUGCUACUACGGCAUGCUUAACAGUACCACUUGGCUCUAUGGUGCCGAAGUCCUCCCCAUUGCUCUACGAAGCAAGGUCAUGGGCAUUGCAGCAGCAUCACAUUUUAUUGUGAAUGUUGGAGUCACCGAGGCAGGACCCAGUGCGUUUGCCAACAUCGGCGAGAAUUACUACUAUGUCUUCGUGGCUUGUUCUUCUUUCUUCCUAGUGAUCGCCUAUUUCUUCUUCCCGGAAACCAAGCAAAAGACCCUCGAAGAAGUGGCAGCAGCAUUCGGCGACCGUGUCGUCGAUCAAGAUGACAGCCCCAAACGUGCAGCUAGCGUAGUCGGCGACGCACAGCAUGUGGAAUCUACACAGGUAGUCUAG